AUUUUGGUUGACUCUUCCUCUCUCACUUUAAUACCAUAUGCUUCCCUUGCAUUUUUUUUUAUUUCUUCUCUCAUCUUUGUUUUGUUUUGGAUUUUUGUAUUUUGGUUGGUGGAUCGAACGAAGGUUGGUCUUGUUAGAAGCGGACCGUCGCUAUCGCAAGACUUCUGCUUCUCCAAUGAUAAAACACACUCUUUAUUGCAGACGAGAAUCGCGUACGUAAUUGAAGAAAUGAACGUGGAAAAAAGUAUAAACUUGCGAACGGGCGGUGGAAAAAAAGCGUGAGGUGCGCGACGAACGACGUGCGGUAUUUCCAUGCGAUAAUUAUGAACAUUCAUUACCGUUUUAGCUCUGAACGAAAUUGAAACGCGAUCUAACAUCGCCACAAACAAACGAAAUACACCUCAAUUUAUCAGUGCUUAUUUUUUCCCUCAUCUUCACCUUUCCGCAUCGAAAAGGACAAUAAAAAAGGAAAAAUAAGAUCCAGGAGUGAUUAGGCGAGGAAUCUCGUUACGAAAUUUAAAAACAAUUACGUGCCGCGCUGAUAAAGUGUUUGAGAAGAACGAUGUUCAGAUGACGCCAAAAUAUUGCGGGUCGCGUCCGGCUAACGACCAGUGCUGAGUAACUUUCUCAUUUCAAAUUUCCAUCAACUUUAGUGACAUUCCUUCUAACCAUUCUAUUGCAUCGACAUGGAUUCGACUUCGAAGCCUACUUUUAUUAAUUUCGGACAAGAGGAUCAAAUGGAAAUUCGAGGUUACAAGAAGAACAAAUCGAAAACAUUCCUAAUUUAUCUUUGCUAUUUAUUAACCGGCGGACUGCUGAGGUUGUUCUUCCAUUGGUAUCCGAGGCUAAGGUUAAUUAGCACGCACGAGGUUUGCCGAUUGACGGAAGCGGAAAAGAUUUUGAUAAUAGAGGAUUACAAAGGUAAAUGGAAGUCCUAUUUCGUGGAGGAAAUCAAAUCGUUGAGGAGCUACGAUUACGACUUGACGUAUUACUUGAGCAACGGCAGCAAAAAAGAAAAUCGAGAUGCUAAGAUUUUCGAUUGCAAGAGGACGAGGUACGUCUUUCACGAUGAGGAGCAGGGUUUCUUGAAACUGUGCGGAUUGGAGACAGGUAUUGCGAGGAGCGCUUUCCACACGCUCAUCCCGCUCAGGGUUCAAGAUCAGAUCUCAAGGAGCGUGAUUUACGGUGCUAAUGAGAUCGACGUGCCACUGGACAGCGUUUUCUCGCUGUUCGUGCUCGAAGCUCUGACGCCCUUCUACAUUUUCCAAGUCUUCAGUUUGAUAGUCUGGUUGGCCGAAGAGUACUACUAUUACGGAAUCGCCAUUGUUUUGAUGUCCGUCAUAGGUAUUGGCUCAUCCGUUAUACAAACACGAAAGAACCAAUCGAGAUUAAGAGGCACCUUGCACAUGACUGACACCGUCUCGAUUCUCAAAAAUGGUUUCUACUACGACGUUCCGACCACCGAAUUGGUACCGGGUGAUAUGAUUGUUGUUCCUCCGCAUGGAUGCACCAUGCAUUGCGACGCAACCCUUCUGAACGGCAGUUGCGUUGUCAACGAAAGCAUGUUAACUGGCGAAUCCGUGCCGGUCGUGAAAACAUCACUGCCAAACACUUCCGAAACGUUCAGCAUUAAAAAUGACGAAGAUCACGUGCUUUAUUGCGGCACGCAAGUGAUACAAACUCGGCAAUUGGGAGACUCUCCAGUAUUAGCUGUUGUCCUCAGGACUGGUUUUCUGACCUGCAAAGGGCAAUUGGUGCGCAGCAUUAUGUAUCCGCCGCCUGCAGAUUUUAAAUUCGAUCAGGACAGUUACAAGUACAUUCUGAUACUUGCAGCGAUAUCCGUGAUCGGUGUUAUUUACACGGUGAUCUCUAAAAGCACACGUAACAUAGCCGUGACCGAUAUAAUCAUUAAAGCUUUGGACACCAUCACCAUAGUUCUUCCGCCUGCUCUACCAGCGGCCAUGACCGUCGGUAAACUGUUCGCUCUCAAUAGGUUGAAGAAAAAGGAUAUUUUCUGUAUGAACUCGAGAGUCAUCAACGUUUCCGGUUCUAUAAAUUGCGUUUGCUUCGAUAAGACUGGAACUUUAACGGAGGACGGGCUGGAUAUGUGGGGAGUAGUCCCCAUAGAAAACGGAAAGUUCCUAAGUCCAAUGAAGGACAUCACCAAUUUAUCAAAUAGCUCGCCGUUAUUACAAGGAAUGGCUUCCUGCCAAUCCCUAGCCUUAAUCAAAAAUAAAUUAGAAGGCGAUCCUCUCGACACCAAAAUGUUCGAGUCUACCGGUUGGGUUUUGGAACAGCCUAAGAAGAUGAUCGCCUUAGGCCACCAAAUUCACACGGUACUUAAACCCGCUUUCGGAGACGUUCAAAUUAAGUUGAUCCACCAAAACCAAUUCUCCUCGAAGCUGCAGCGUAUGAGCGUCGUCGGUUUAAUAGACGAUGAAUUCGUCUUGUUCUGUAAAGGUUCACCAGAAAUGGUCGCCUCUUUAUGUGAUUUCAACACCAUUCCGGAAAACUUGAGCUCCAAGUUAAAAUCGUACACGGUGCAAGGGUACAGAGUUAUAGCGAUGGCAUUCAAACAUUUGCCGUCGAUGAGUUGCGAAGAAUUGCAGCAGAUGAAAAGGGACCAGUUUGAAUGCGACAUGACGUUCUUAGGGCUGAUUGUUCUUGAGAAUAAACUCAAACCGGAAACGGCAGAUAUUAUCAGCGUUUUACGGAACGCCGAUAUUAAAGUAGUCAUGAUAACUGGUGAUAACAUGCAAACUGCGUUGAGUGUGGCUAAAGAAUGCGGCAUUUGCGAGCUCGGAACUACUGUCGUUGACGUGGAAGUGAUUGCUCCAGCGAAAAACGAAGAAUAUAAGUUGCGGCUGACCAGUGAUCAAAUUAAUGUUUCCCAAGAAAUGUGUAUUUUAAAUAUGGAGGAGAAUAGGAAGAUUCAGUUUGCUAUAACUGGUAACAAUUGGAAAUUGAUUAGAGAACAUUUCCCGAAUCAUGUAGCGAGUUUCAUAAGCAACGGUAUAGUUUUCGCUCGAAUGUCUAGCGAUCAGAAGCAGCAGUUGAUUGAGGAACUGCAAAAUUUGGGUUACUAUGUCUCUAUGUGCGGUGAUGGUACCAAUGAUUGCGGCGCUUUGAAGGCGGCGCACGUGGGAAUCUCCUUAUCGGAUGCCGAGUCCAGCGUGGCCUCACCAUUCACCUCGAAGAACGCGAACAUUUCUUGUGUGCCGGAGAUUAUCAAGCAGGGUAGAGCGGCUCUGGUCACGAGUUUCGGCAUCUUCAAGUUUAUGGUUGCGUAUAGCAUGACCGAAUUCCUUUCGGUCAUCAUCCUCUACGGCAUAGACUCGAACCUAACGUCCAUCCAGUUUCUCUACAUUGACGUUUGCAUCAUACUCGUACUGAGCGCUGUUUUUGGUAAUACCGGAGCGUACGAGAAAGGAUUAUGGAACGUGCCGCCGAUGACGUCCCUCCUCAGUGCGAUUCCAUUGAUUUCGCUCAUCCUGCAAGUAUUAAACGUCGUCGCCUUCCAAGUGGCGGCUUAUCAUCUCAUACAGACAUACGAUUGGUUCGAGCCGUUCGAUUUCAUACCAAACACGAAUAUUUACACGAGUUACGAGAACUACGCCGUGUUUGCUACCAGCGCCUUCCAGUACAUAACAUUAGCUGUAGUAUUCUCAAAAGGUUCGCCAUAUAGGAAGCCGAUCUACACGAAUUAUUGGUUCAGUUUGUCGCUGAUCCUCGUCACAAGCCUUUGCAUUUAUAUCAUUUACGAUCCAGCUCAAUGGAUGCUAACGCUCUUCGAGAUGAAGAUCCCACCAGAAUCUGAUGGAAAAAUGAUGGUCCUACUUCUAGCCGUAGCGCAUUUCUUCUCCGCCUACGUAAUCGAAGACUUUCUUUGCGAUUACAUCUUAGGUAAGAAGCUGAAUCUUAGGGAUAGUGGCAAAGUGAAGGUCGUGAAUGGAAUUGACAACGUUGCAUAUAUCAAUUAAAUUAUUUUGUUUUUGUUAUAAAUACAUUGUUCUUAUUGA